CUUGCAUCUUUUUGACAUCCUCUAUCUUGUUUCCGGUGGCUGCAAUUGCUGCGGUCAAGUCAUGUUUUGGCUCAUAUCGCACUCGAACAAAAAUAUCCAUUCCACCAGGUGUCUCCGGAUAGUUCAUGCCGCAUCCUGUUUCCCAUAGUAUUAGACCCUCUAAUGGGUGGUCAAUUAAAACGCAAUACAUCGGAAGCUCUCGUCUCUUAUUAGCAAACACUUCCCCCUCGGUACUUUUCAGAGAGCCAUUCCCGCCAGUUACUACCCAAGCCUCAUCGCUUUCCAGCCAACCGACCUCAAGCAAAUAAACUUUGGUGCCUUCCGGGCAGACAUUAGAUACAUGGCUAGGAACCGCGCCUGCCGCUAUCGCAUUCUGAAUCGCUGCCAUAGUCGAAUCGAUUCUACGGCGAAGACUAAGGUCGUUCGUUCGCGUCUGCUGUUUUUGAAUGGCCUCAAACACCAGAAAUCACUUCUGUUAAGAUAAAGCGGAAGUGAUUGACGUCUUGUAGUAACACAUCCACAAACAAGCAGAUCUUAUGACGUACCUACUGUAUGCAAGACUCACUUUACUCUACCCAGGGGCAGUUCCAGAUUAGUUACCGUACAAAUGUUGGACGAGAGUACCCAUUGCAUGUCCUCUUGGCAUUCAGAUGCAAUGGUUAUGGACCAAUUACUUUUUUAUCUUUCACAGCACACGACAUCCAGAUCCCACCCUUGAUCAUACUGCGGAGUACCGCAUGGGUUACCCCGCUCCAAUUCACCACACCUCGUUCCGCUGCAGCAGUAUUGUGCCGAUUUCAAAAGUCCAUUCAGAAUAGACUUUUGCUCUCCAUCUUGGGAGGAAAUGUCGGCGAUUUUUUGACUUUCUUCGAGAUGAUGCAAAUGGUCAUGUGACCAGCUUAUGUCAUACCAGCCACUAUAUAAGCUAGUUCUCCUUCAGAGUUCUGGCGAAUAAACUAUCACCUUAAUAUAGUCUUUUAUAUCAUCAGCAUCAAUUUCACCUUGCUGUCUUACUUCACCCAGCCCAAAAUGACCAAGGAUACCAUGAAAGCCGUUGUGUUGAAGGGGACGCUGAAUGUCCAGGUCGAGGAUCGGCCAAUUCCAAAGAUAAUUGAUCCAGCCGAUAUUAUCGUCAAGGUGAAGUACUCCGCAUUAUGUGGGAGGUAAGACGCACCGACACCCAGACAUGGUUUACAUCACCUGAUUUGCGCGCAAAGCGAACUUCAUGUUUUUCGAGGCCAUCAGCAGAGUAAACCAGACUUUAUAAUGGUAUGUCGAAUUCUUUCUGGCCAUGCUGGUUUGCAUGUAGUUUUAACACCCUACAGGGUCACGAGACUAUAGGAGAAGUCGUGGAACUAGGAUCGUCGGUUAAGAAUCAUAAGAAGGGAGAUACUGUUGUGAUGCCAUUCACAGUUUCUUGUGGCGAGUGCUUCUACUGUCUUCAAGGAUACUCAUCGAGAUGUGAAAAAUCCCUUCUCUUCGGUUGUCCGAUCCUAGAUGGUGGCCAAGCAGAAUAUAUGGUAAGCAUAUUCCAAUUAGCAUCUUACGACGUUGAUUGAAAUGAGGAUUAGCGGGUUCCCCUGGCCGAUGCCACAGCUGUCAAAGCUCCAGAUGGGAUCGAUGAAAAGAAGUUGGUAUUGAUGGCAGACAUAUUCCCGACGGGUUAUUUUGCUGCGGCAAAUGCUUUCAAAGGAUUCGACCAGGAAACAAUAAGUCAAAGUGUGGUAGUUUUACUCGGGUGCGGGCCCGUAGGAUUGUGUGCACUCAUCAACGCCCUUGAAUACCACCCGAGAGUCAUAAUUGCCAUUGACAGAGUCGAAAGCAGAUUGGCACUGGCGAAGAAACUUGGCGCUGAGGUUUUCAACGACCAAACUAGCAAAACCGGUACAUACAAGGCACUGUAUCUUCGAAGUACGAUUCGCUAAUGCUUGAUAGAGCUAGUAGCAAGAGUAAAGGAAUUGACGAACGGUAGAGGUGCAGAUACUGUGAUUGAGGGCGUUGGUCACGCUGAUGCUCUGAGAACUGGCUUUGAUCUUUUAAGGCCUUGGGGAGUCAUCUCUAGUUUUGGGGUUCACAACGGGGAGAUUCCGUGGUCUGGUAUUGAGGCUUACGGCAAGAAUUUGAGAGUACAAAUGGGGAGAUGCCCUGUGAGAAGUAAGCUGAAUUUCACUUCACAUCGUCCCUGUGGCUGAUGUUUCCAGGCAUUUUCCUGCAAGCACUGGAGGUAUUGAAGAAGAACCAGCAUCUUUUGGAGUGAGUCUCCCUGUUGAUCUCGCUUAUUACCCGACAAUACUAAUUCUAUGCAGCUUCAUGACAGAUAAAAUCAUGCCGAUGAGGUAGGCCAUUUCUUUCCACCCUUCAUGGAUAAUGAUCUGACUUGAGGUUCUCAAAAUAGUCAAGCUGCGGAGGGAUAUGAGAUAUUCAAUAAGGCUAUGGUGCAAAAGGUAAUCUUUGAGGUGGAACAUAAUUGAGCCUCUAUCAAAAGUUUUCAUUGUAAAAUGCCAGGAUCUUUCAACUUAAAAUGCAGAUGUAAAAUGCAGGAAAAAGUCCGUAAUAUGAAGGCAGUGCUCUACAGCCAACUUUUGGUCCUAGCUCGGGAGUGGUUUGUGGGGGAUCUUCCGAUAAACGAAACCCACGGUAAGCGAAAGGUCCGAGAUCUUACUUCAAAGCACGAACAGUUUCAGGCAUCUUAUCUUCAAGCAACAAUUGGUAUACGAGGAAACCAUGCAUCAACAGACGGAUUGAUCACUUGCGGUUCCAAGGGAUGUGCAUAGGGCGGGUGCAUACCGAAGUUGAACAUGUCAAAUACCGGUUACAACUGGGCUGCCAAAAAUGCAUUGCCGAUGGAUCUUGCAAUGCAUUGUAUAUCUCGUGCAAUUAAACUUAGCCAUACGUCAAUCGUCUUGUAAGGAUAGGCUCAGUGCCAUAGCUCUCCUUACAAUCUCC